AUGGCUAAAUAUGGUGUAAAGAAAUUGAUAUAUUCUAGUAGAUCAGUGAAGGAGUUUGUGAAUGCUUGUAAGAAAGCCACAGGGGUGGACAUAAAAGUGGACUUCCUUCCUCGUAGACCUGGUGAUUAUGCUGAGGUGUAUAGUGACCCUUCUAAAAUCAACAGGGAACUCAAUUGGACUGCACAAUACACUGACCUUGAGAAGAGUAGAUCAGUGAAGGAGUUUGUGAAUGCUUGUAAGAAAGCCACAGGGGUGGACAUAAAAGUGGACUUCCUUCCUCGUAGACCUGGUGAUUAUGCUGAGGUGUAUAGUGACCCUUCUAAAAUCAACAGGGAACUCAAUUGGACUGCACAAUACACUGACCUUGAGAAGAGUAUACAAAUUGCAUGGAAAUGGCAAAAAUCUCAUCGUAAUGGUUACGGCAUUUCAUCUGCAAUCUGA